CUCUCUCUCUCUCUCUCUCUCUCAUCUCUUCUCGUCUCCCUAAGCUCCAUAGGCACACUAACCUCUCUUUUGACCUACUAGGAGUGAAAGAGAAGCCUGCAAAGAUAAAAAGGGAAGGCAUCAUUGAAGCUCUUUACCUCUUUUCUGUUCACAAUCUCUUAACAUAGGCUUCUACCCAUUUUAAGCAAAAAAUAUGGUUUCAUCUCAGAAACAUCUUUCUUUCUCCUCCUUAGUGCUGGUCUUCUUCUUCUGCUUCCUCUCUCUCUUCUCACGUCCUUCUCUCUCCGCCACGUUUCUCGUCGAUGGUGUCUCUGUCUGGAAAACUCCCGUUGUCCAUGUUGGCGACUCCGUUAUUUUCAGUCACAAGUACGGAUACGAUCUCUACAUCUUCAGAACCAAAGAUGCAUUCAAUGUGUGCAACUUUACUCAAGCCACUCUUCUUACAAAACCAAACUCCACCUCCUUCACGUGGUACCCAUCAAGAAUAGGCUCUUACUACUUUUCUUUUAAAAACAACACAUCUCAUGUGAAGACCUGCCAACUCCACCAGAAGCUCUCAGUCCAAGUCAUCCUCGCCGAUGCAUCUCCGCCGUCAAAACCACCAACGUCAGCAGUCUCUCCUGUUCCAGUCUCGGAAGGAGGAGUGGUAUCAUCUUCUCCUUCUUACCCAUGGCCAUUAGGUCCAAGAGAAGGUUCAGCUUUCUCUCCGGGACCAUCUCCUUCAGAAAUUACGUCGGUGUCGGUUCCCGGAGAAGACGGAGUUCCUUUCAUCAACAGUAAUCCUGCGGUUCCACUUCCCACCGGAGAAGUCGACUCUACUUCAAGUAAUCCUUUGCCCACUUCCACAAAUUCAGCACAUCAGGUGAUGAUGCUGACAGUAAAGCUGAAGCUAGUUUUGUCUUGUUUAGCCUUGUUUCUUCUACUGUAGAGAGAGAGUUAGUAGUUUUUUCUAGUAUCAGUAGCUUUGCAGGAGAGGAAUGAUUACGUUUUCUGAUGUUAAUUGCUAAUUACAACUUAACGUUAGUCUUGUAAUCAUUCAUUCUCCCUUUUGCUCUUAUGUUCUUGUUAGAAUCUUAGGGCGAUGUGCUAUGAAUCAAUGUGGUUUCUUUCUAAA